AUGUACAUCUGGCUUCUAUUAUUAUUAUUAUUAUUAUUAUUAUUAUUAUUAUUAUUAUUAUUAUUAUUAUUAUUAUUAUUAUUAUUAUUAUUAUUAUUAUUAUUAUUAUUAUUAUAUUUACUUAUUUUUAAUUUUUUAAACUUUUUUGGAACUUCUACCAACGAAAUCGCUCUCGGCGAAAUAAUGGGCGCCAGCCUAACCUCUCCGAUACCACAUCGACCACCAACAUCGGUCUGCAAUCAUCUAUUUUCACCGCCGGAUGCCCCAAUAUUCGUCCCAAAGCGACAAUCUGUUUUAUUACAAGGUUGGCAGUGGAGUAAGAAGAACAUACAACCAGUCGCCAAGAAAACGAUAAGUAAAGGAACAGAUCACAUCGGUUCACGUUCAACGGAAAGUAUGACCACGUAUAGAUCACAGAGGGAUCUUCCAUACUCACAGAUCCCUAUCGCUUUGGAUAACAAUCAAAACUAUAAACGCUAUGAACCAGAAACGACAGUGAUCCCAAAUUUCUACAGUAUCCGUGAAGAGAUUAAACGUGAGUUGAGGUUGAAUAAACAGGACUUCGUCAACAACAACUUGGUCAGUCCAGAAGGUCCACCGGCGCGGACACCGCUUAGUCCAACGCAUACAAGAACCGCGAAUGGAGGGGCUGCUGCUCAACGAGCACUCAUUCCGAAUGGAAUCGCCAAGCCGUCCACUGAAAGUUCUGAGAAAAAACCUUUAAAAACAACCGGCAUUGAAAUUACUACAGCCAGACGCCGUACCGUAAUCCAAGCGUCCACAUCGGAAUUGUUACGAGGUCUUGGCCAGUUCAUCGCUCAGAACAGUCAUAUAGCUGCUUUUGAACCUGCACAUCUGGUCAUGUGGCUACGUACCGUAGACAGGGCUCUUCUGCUUCAGGGUUGGCAAGAUGUUGCCUUCAUUAAUCCGGCAAAUUUGGUCUUCGUUUUUCUCAUCAUCAGAGAGGUGAUCCCAGAUGAGGAAUCGAUUCAUACUGUAGAUGAUUUACAUGCUUGGGUGCUAACAUGUCUCUACAUCAGCUACUCUUACAUGGGAAAUGAAAUCUCAUACCCAUUGAAGCCUUUUCUGAUUGAAUUGGACAGAGAUAAGUUCUGGGAGCGAUGUGUGAUGAUAGUGACGAAUCACAGCGAGGAUAUGCUCCGCCUCAAUUCGUCAUCCGCCUUCUUCACCGAAGUGUUCAGCGAACUUAAAACAUACUCGACAGAUUAUUGA